AGAAGUUCUGUUUAUAAGGCCAGUGAAAUGUUUAAAUCUCUUGCCAGUGUCACAUCAAAGCACGCAAAAUAAAGAUAAAUGGAGGGCAAGUCAAAGGUUCAUCAUGCGGAUGAUGAACUUAGACUUUCUGGAUCAGAACAAUUGACACUCGCUACUCGUGGCUAUAAAAUGAUAAAAAAAGUGAACGAAGGAUCUUAUGCUAAGGUGUAUCUAGCGGAAUACAGAAAUCCAUCCAAGAACGAUAAGCUAUCAAUACUAGCUUGCAAGGUAAUUGAUACCAACACAGCACCUAAGGACUUCGUAAAAAAGUUUCUACCAAGAGAAAUAGAUAUGUUGAUAAAACUGAAUCACCCACAUCUCGUACACACCCACAGCAUAUUUCAGAGAAGAUAUAAAUAUUUCAUUUUCAUGAGAUAUAUGGAACACGGAGAUCUAUUGGAGUAUAUUCUUCAGAAGGGUGCUGUGCAGGAAGACCAGGCAAGAAUUUGGGCGCGACAGCUUGCUUUGGCCGUACAGUACAUGCACGAACUUGAAAUAGCUCACAGAGAUAUAAAAUGUGAAAACGUUCUACUUACUGCUAAUCAAAACGCUAAAUUAUCUGACUUUGGUUUUGCUCGUUCAUGUGUUGAUAAGUCACUGAAAGAUAUUCAUAGUGAAACGUUUUGUGGCUCGCUAUCUUACACUGCUCCGGAGAUAUUGCAAGGUGCGCCGUACUACCCCAAGCCAACAGACGUGUGGUCACUGGGAAUCGUCGUCUAUGUAAUGCUAAACAGGGCUAUGCCAUUUGAAGACAAGCAUAUUAAACAGUUAUUUCAAGCUCAAAUGAAUAGAAAUUGGAAAUUCCGAUCGCGAUAUAUAGAUUCCCUUUCAGAAAACUGUAAGCGCUUGGUGACCCUAAUGUUAGAACCAAAUUGUCAGCAUCGAAUUAAAAUUGAUCACAUCAUUAACAGUGAGUGGAUAGCGAUGGACUCUAGAUUACUAGAAUGGACACCUCAAGAGACGUUAGCUUUCAAGAAGGCACGAGAGGAGAGGUUACAACUGCAGAAGAAUCUAGAGACUCAAGAUGAGAAAGACGUUAAUACUGCCAUACCUGAUUCCUCUGUAAUGAAAGCCGCUGUGGAUGUAAACGCUUCUUCGACGUCCUGAAAACGGCGAUUUACUAGAUUUUUUGACACAAAACGGCGCAGUGCCAGAGAAUCAAAGCAGAC